CUCCAAAAUCGUUACCAUUGCCUUUACAACUUAGAGGACGCCUAAAUUAAGAUGAAGUGUUUAAUCAUAUUUCUGUUACCCGUUGCCUUUGCUGCCUCAGUGGAACAGAAGAGGCUCGUGUUUGACACACUCCUGAACGGCCAAGAAGCUAGAAAUGUUAUCGAUCAACUGGUGGUAUUCUUAUCAUCUGACAACAGCGAGGCCAAAUGUGAAUCUGAAUGUCAUACCGUAAUUGCAAACCCCCAGUCUACAAUCCAACAUUUGUGUCCUUUUAUGUGCCACCUCGCUCAGCAGACUAUUAGUGGACUUCAUCACACCAAACGACUUGUUUUUGACACUUUCCUCAAUGGGGAGGAGGGGAGACGCCUUAUUGAUCAACUAGUGGAACAGCUCGGAACUGACGAUAACUAUGCAAAAUGCGAACAGGAAUGUCACGUGUUGAUUCGGAAUCAGCAGUCCGUGAUGCAGCAUCUCUGUCCCUUCACGUGUCACUUGGCAAUCGACGCUAUUAAGAAUCUACAUAGCCCAUCAUCGAACCCUGCAGGAACUGGAGCAGUAGCAAAACGUCUGGUCUUAGGAAAUUUCAUAAACACGGAAGAAACAUCUAGGAUCAUUGACCAACUCGUGGCUACUCUCGGGGCUGACGAAUCUGAACAGGCCUGUGAGACCCAUUGUCACACCUUAAUCAAAAGCUCUACAUCAGUCUUCCAGCACAUGUGUCCCUUCCUCUGCCACUCGGCCCAGGCUGUUAUCAACAGCUUUGGCCAUCACUCCACUACACCGCCACCAGCACCAGGAAAUCCAGCCAAAAGAGUCCUUCUCGACACUUUGUUGAACAACCAAGAAGUUACAAACAUUGUCGACCAGCUUGCAGCCAUGCUUACUUCUGGUACAGCGUAUGGCGCCUGUGAAAAGGAAUGCCAUGUUUUGAUCAGAGAUCAAACAUCUGUUGUCCAGCAUCUGUGCCCCUUCCUGUGUCACUCAGCUCAGGCACUUUUAGGAAAUUUACACCAUACAACAGUAGCUGCAUAAAAAUAUCGAAAACAGUUGGUAAUCCCAGAAAGUGCCCAUUCUGUGAAUGUAAAUGAAAAACAUCCAAAUAUGAGAUCUAUUGAAUCUACAAAAUAAAAAAAAUCAUGUCCAGGGUA